AUGAUGUUCAGAACCUACGGUCGCCGGGGUCGUGGCUUGGGCCGGAGUUGCUCGUCCAGUGGCUUUUCCGAUGGAGUUUCGGGAUCUUCUUCACAAGAAUUCUCGCAGGAUGUUUAUGAUUUCUCGUUUCCGUCCGAUCCGUACGAUUUCGACCCGUCUCAGGAUUCGGGGCGAUCGGCGGCGUUUCUGCCGCCAAGGAAGGAAGGGGAUGAGUUUCGUAACUCGAAGAAAUUGAAGGUAAUUGGAGCCGGUUCAAGGGCCUCCGAUGAAAAUUCUUUGCAAGAAUCGAAGAAAUUCAGGAUUUUGAGGAUUUCUGGUGAAGGGGGUUCGCAGAGAUCGAGGGUGAUGAAGAAGGAUGGGGACUUGUGGGGAUCGAGGAAGUCCAAGAACGUUGAUAAUGGUUCUUAUGGCUUCAACUCGUCUCAGGAGUUGAGUGACUUGGGUAUUUCUCAGUCAAGAGAUCCCGAAAGUCAAGGUGAUGGCUGGGAUCUUGGUGGGGAUUUUGGGAAAUCUAGGAAAAGGGCCAGGGGUGAGGUUAAUCCAGAUCCAUAUGAUUAUAAUUCAUCGCAGGAGUUGGAGGAACAUGUGGUUCCACCUCAAAGCAAGGUCAGGGAUGAUAAGGUUUUUGAUUUCACAGAGGAUGGGGAUUUAUGGGAAUCGAAGAAGUCCAAGAAUCUCGAUCUUGAUUCAUUUACGUUAGAUUCCUCUCAGGAGUUGGGUAAUUUGGGUACUUCUAAGUCGAGAAAACAUGAAAACAGUGGUGAUCAUCGGGGUUUUGGGGGGGUUUCUGGAAAAUCUAAGAAGAAAAAUAUGGAUGAGAAUGGGAAAUUGCAUAGGAAAAAGAAUAAGAAAAAGAUGAAGUCAAAGGAGUCGGAGCCAAGUUAUGUUGAGCUUACUGCUACACUUAUGGAGACUCAAGAGUCUGGGGAGAUGAUGGAGCAUGAAGAUGAGGAUGUGGAAAUUAUCCUCGAUGCUGUUUUGGGAUUCAAUUUUGAUGAUAUGCCAUGUAACGUUGCUGCUGCAGCUUUAGUUUAUGUUCUGACGGUUGACGGUCAAAAUGAUUAUCUUCUGGAUUCACCAAGCUGCAUCCAUUUUCUAAUAAAAAUGUUGAAACCACUUUCACCUAGUGUUGUCAAGGAAAAAGCUCUACCUGUUGGUAGCAAGCUUCUAAGCCUGUGCAGGAGUGUCGGUUUGUUACAGGAACCAGCCAAGGGAACAAAUUCUAGCUCUACUGCAAUCAUGCUCCAGGUUCGGGAGAUCCUUGUCAAUUGCAAGGAAAUGAAGUCAAGAGAUGACAGUCAUGGUGGGGUAGAAGAACCAGAGUUGAAUCCUAAAUGGAUUAGUUUGCUUACAAUGGAGAAAGCGUGCUCAUCUCGUAUCUCUAUCGAAGACACGACUGGCAUACGGAAAACUGGGGGUAAGUUCAAGGAGAAACUGAGAGUUUUCGGGGGACUUGAUUCAGUCUUUGAAGUGGCAAGGAAAUGUCAUUCCGUGCUUGAGAUGUGA